AUGACACAGCUGACCCCUACCGUCUUGUUUGUCCAUGGCUCAUGGCAUACACCAUUGCAUUUCGCCAAGAUACGUGAAAUCUUUGAGGAUGCUGGAUAUCCGACAUCAUGUCCGCGGCAGCCCACUGUUGGUGCGUCACCACCGAUAGGGCUCUUGGAGGAUGCUCAAUGCAUUCGUGAUGAGGUACAAAGACUGGUCAAUGAAGAUAAAGACGUCAUUGUCAUCGCACAUUCGUACGGUGGUGUCGUAACGACACAGGCGGUCGAAGUGGUCUUUUCCAAAAAGAAGAGACUUGAGAAUGGUCAGCGCAGUGGCGUUCUUUCGCUUGUCUACAUGUGUGCCUUCAUGUUGUCCAUGGACACGAGUCUAGCAGGUACAUUUGAGGGAAAGUUGCCUCCUUGGAUCACCAUCCACAAGCCGGUCGAUGGUGGGACAGUCUUUUACCACGAUGUCGAUCCAGAUGAGCGCAAACAAGCUGUACAGCAGCUGCUGCAGGUCCCAGCAGUCACGCAGAUUACGCCCAUCACGCACCUGGCUUACCUCCACCACCCUGUGAGGUAUCUGUAUUGCACAGAUGACCAAGCCUUGCCGUACGCGGCCCAGCAAAUGAUGGUGCAAAAUGUCUGCAAGCAAUACGGCAUCUCAUUCGCCGAGCACCAUCUAAACGCCUCACAUAGCCCCUUUCUAAGCAUGCCGGAGAGAGUACUUGAAGUAGUGCAGCAAAUUGCGGAAGACGAUAAGAGAAGAGAAAUCGGAAGCAUGUAG